AUGAAUUUAUUAAAACAUAUUGAAGAUCUUUAUACAACAAUUGAUCAUGAUAAUACAGAUAUUGUUACUGCAUUAGAAAGUGCAUUUAUUAAAUUGGAUCGAGAUAUAUGUGCUGAAGCAAUGCCUGUUGCUGCUACACAACAAGUUGAUGAAGAUUUAUUACAAAUUUGUACAGCUGGUUCAUGUGCAUGUGUUACUUUAGUUAAAGAUGAUGAUCUUUAUAUUGCUAAUUGUGGUGAUGCACGAGCUGUUCUUGGUACUAUUGAUGAUGAAGCUGAAGUUAAACGAGUUUUAUGUGAACAUCCAAUAAAUGAAUCAAAUUCAGUACUACGUAGUGAUCAUUUACUUGGUUUAUUAAUGCCAUUUCGUGCAUUUGGUGAUAUACGUUUUAAAUGGCCAGCUAAUUAUCUUCGUGAAUAUUUACAAUCAUAUUAUAAAAAAGGUGAUGCUAUACCACAAUUUUAUUUAACACCACCAUAUUUAACUGCUCGUCCUGAAAUAUCCAAACAUAAAUUAACAAAAAAAGAUAAAUUUCUUGUUUUAGUUACUGAUGGUGUUUGGGAUUUAUUAUCAUCAGAAAGAUUUGUACAACUUAUAUUUAAUCACCAAAAAGGUAUACAAAGUUUUGAUCGAUUUGUAUUAAAUAAAAGUGGUAAUACAAUAAUACUUAAAUUAAAAGAAAUUAAUGAAUUAUUACUUGCAAGACAACAAGCUAUUAAAAAUCAACCAAUUGAUCAAAAUUCAGCAACACAUUUAAUACGUCAAGCACUUGCAUAUACAUCAAAAGGACAAUUUGAUAGUAAACUUUUAUCUGAUAUAUUAACAUUUCCUAAUCCACUUUCAAUACGUAAUGAUAUUACAAUAACAGUUGUUUAUUUUGAUCAAGAUUAUAUUGAUCAUAUACAAACAAAACAAAAGACAAAAUAA